AUGUCCCCAGAGAAAAUGAGGAACCGAAAUGAGAAGCAAAUCAUCUGGGGAACAACAUCAUGUAACACUGGAUGACUAAUGGUGGUGCAACAUUCAUCAGAAAGCUGUUUUUUAUGUAAAGGUCGAACUCCUCGUUCCUCUUUUCUAGCUAGAUUUCAUCAGCGGGUCCGUGAAGGCUGAUCUCAGUGUUUGUUAGAAGAUGGAGGAGAGGAGAAUAAGCGUUGGUGCUCUGAGUGAACAAGUCCUGAACAGACUGUCCAACAUGUUGGACAACUCCAGCUGCGGAUGGAGACAGCUGGCCAACGCUGUGUCCGAGCAGCCAAACUUCCGCUGCAGUGAGAGCGAGCUGACAAGCUGCUCACUACAGGUGCUGAGCGUUGAAGGCAGCCCAGGACGAACCCUCCUGGCUCGGCUCGCUGAUCGUUGCUGCUCCCUGGACUUCCUGCUCCACUGCCUGAGGAAGAUGGACCACCAGGAGGCUGUGCAGUACCUCACCAGCACAGUGGCAGAGCUGAUCCAGAUCACAGAGCAGCCACAGACCCAGCAGGUCACAGUGGGGGGCAGGGUGGUGUUGACCUGCAGAGCCUCCGGUCCCCCUGGACUCAGCUACCAGUGGUUCAGAGGCAAAGAUGAGAUUUCGGAUGAGACGGGGAGUACACCAGAGCUGGUUCUGUGUCCUGCGGACCCCGUCCACCAGGGUCAUUAUAUCUGUCGGGUCCACCAUGGAGGAAACUUCAUUUUCUCCCAGUGGGCUAAUGUUCGCUUCGUCCAGUCUGCAGGAACUAGGAGUUCAGGUUGCAGCAGCAGUCUGUUUCCAGGGUCAGCGAGUGGGCUGCUCGUCACCUGUCAGCCUCAGUCCCAAGCGGUAUCUGAGGGCGACGUUCUGUUCCUGGAGUGCAAAGCAGAGGCCAACCCUCCGGCGCAGUACGAGUGGUACCACAACAUGGUGCUCAUGACACAACACAAGACACGUUCACUCAAAAUCCCAUGUGUGACUACAGCACACAGAGGACAGUACAGAUGCAAGAUGUUCAAUUUGUAUCACGAGGUGUGGAGUGACACAGCAACAGUCACCAUCGGCCCCAGUUCCAUCACUGAUGCCUCCUGGGUAGAAGUUGAUCGUGGCCCAGAUUCACAGGAAGUCCGCAGGUCAACCGGCGGAUCAGGAAUACAUCCGCUACAAAAGUUGGUCAGUCUGCCUUCAUCAUCAGCCAAGCAUUUCUAUGCCACAGACAAAGUUGCUCUCCUGAUCGGCAACAUGAACUACCACUACCACACUCAGCUGUGCGCUCCCAUCGUUGACGUCCACGAGUUGACCAACCUGCUCCGACAGAUGGACUUCAAGGUGGUUUCAUUGCUCGACCUCAACUGGCAGGAGAUGAACAGCGCCGUUACAGAGUUCCUCCUGCUGCUCGACAAGGGAGUCUAUGGCUUGCUAUACUUUGCCGGUCAUGGUAAUGAGAAUUACGGCAACAGUUUCAUGGUUCCCAUCGAUGCACCGGCCUCCUACACAUCAGAGCACUGUUUGUGUGUACAGAACAUACUUACCAGGAUGCAGGAGAAAGAGACAGGACUUAACGUAUUGCUGCUGGACAUGUGCCGCAAAAGAAACCUAAAUGAUGACGUCAUUGUACAACCAGGACUGCUCAAGGUGACAGCAAAUAUAGUGUUUGGAUAUGCCACGUGCGUAGACGCCGAAGCGUAUGAAGUGAAGAGGGAAGAUGAGUCAAACGGCAUCUUCAUAAACUUCCUCAAGCGGCGAGUUUGUGAAGAUGAGAAGGUCACGGUCAUGCUAGACAGAGUGGCUGAAGACAUGGGUCGUUGUGAGAUCACUCGAGGGAGACAGGCUCUGGAGCUACGCAGUAAUCUCUCUGAACGACGUUCCCUCACCGACCAGAUACAAACCGCCGUCUGUUCUGCUUCCCAUUCAGCUCGAAACUUGCAGUGGGCCGUUGCUAACGUCCUACCAAAGAGCCUCUGCCUGCAGUUUGACUGUGGAGUGAAGGUUCAGCUUGGGUUUGCUGCAGAGUUCUCCAACAUCAUGGUCAUCUACACUCGGAUACUUGAGCAGCCCAGAGAAAUAGAUUCCUGCUGUGCUCAGCUUACUGACUUCCCUGAGAAUGUGGACAUUGAUCUGAAGCAGAGUAACCAGGAUACUCUGCUUGAAGCUGGCAGUUGUUUAUUGAUCAAAGAAAAUCUUCCUCCACCGGACGUCGCGAGUCUCUACACACGCAUCCGAUGCCUGCAGAGACUCAGGAGGGAGCUCACAUUCACUGUCUGCCUUCAUUACACCUAUUCCAACAUGGAUGACGAAGUACAGGAAAGGCAACCGGUGACGGUUGGUAAACCACUGGUCUCCAAACUCAACCUGCACGAACCACGACCGCCUCGUACCUCCUCUGCCUCUUCGUCCCUCAGCCUCGACUCCUUCAACUUUACUGAGGGCUCCUCCUUCGCCUCAAUUGGUUCAGCCUCAAAUGCGUCGUCAUAUCGUGCACAAACUGGCACCAUUGACUCUCCAACUUCAUUCAGAAGUGCCAAUGUUCCAGAGGAGACGGACAGUCCUGAAUUGUUCGAUGCCCCUCGACCUCUUGUCACCAGCAAAAGCUUGCCCCACAGCCAAGUAAAUGACACAAAUUACAAAUUUAGUGACAUGUACAAUUUUCAUUCUCACUAAGCAUUAUGGAAUCUAUGAUUAAACCAUUACACAUUGGUAAAUCAGCAGUACAAAUAAACAAAAAAAAGUGGAAACAUGGGGAGAAAAGCAUGUGAAUAUGCCAUUUCAGUAAAGCUGACCCAGAACUCAGGUCAAUUUUAGGGUGACCAGAUCGCAACAAACCAAAUGUGGGACGAUGUGGGACAAGUUACGAAGGCUGAGAGGUAGUCUACAAUUUUGAUAUGUCUAUCUAACUUGAAUAAUAAACAUUUUCUAUUCUGUCCCUUAUCUUGUAAAAAAUGUUAACCUGAACUUGACCCACAUGUGCACAGUUUGACAGCAAACACAGCCCCGUGAUGACAGCCUUCUCUGCUUUCUUCACAGCCAUUGGAUAAAAGACAGAUUUUAAAAAAGUGUCUGUCCUGCAGUGGUUUGACUUUUGAAAACUAGAGCCAAUGAAAAUGUGGGACAUCAUCCUAAUAUGUGGGAUGUGGGACAAGUGAUAAAAAUGCUGUGCAGUCCCUCAUAAAGUGGGACACCUGGUCACCCUAUAGUCAUUUUAUGUGGUCAAUGUGCCCGUUAUCAUCGUCUUAACUAUGCAAUACGUUUUUGUACUGUUUUAUAAUGAUUUUUUAUAAGACUUUGAUACAUUAUAAUACAUUGAAAAAGUAAACACACUGCAGAUCAAGUUCCAUAUGUGUUCUAUUUCUAAGAAGGAAGAAAUAAAACAUGCCUUGUAUGUA